AUGGGGAUGUUCAACCACCGCCAGAAACUACAAGCUCUGCACAGAGCCUUCUCUAGGCGCUGGGUGAGGUCCACUUUGUUAGUUAGGAGAUUUUGUAAAAAUGACAGGGAAGUAAAGAAAUCUGUGUAUACUGGGACAAGGGCGAUCGUGAGGACUCUGCCUUCUGGUCACAUUGGGCUGGGAGCUUAUAGUUAUAUCGAUCAGAAGAGAAGUGGUCCCUUGUUGCCCUGUGGGAGAGUUCUGGAACGGCUGUCAGUGGUGGCGAUUAGGCAGGAUGGGAGCCAGUGCCUAUCAGAAGCCCAGUGGUAUCAGGUGGCGCUCCUUUCUGAGUUUCCCCAGAAGCAACCACUCCGGACACAGAAGCAUUGGUGGGCGAUGUGGAGGUUUACUGAGGAGAGGGUUGACAUCACCACCUUCCCCUCAGCAACAACAACGACAUCCCUUCUGGCAUCUCCAACUGCAUUUAUACACCUUUUCAUAGGUGAACAUGUUCUGAAUUCCACAUAACUGACUUAUAAACUUGUAACUGAUACAACUACAAUCAUAGGGAGCCCAGUGAAGGCUGAAAAUCAUCAGGAAUGACUUCACGGAAAGUGGGUCUUGAGUUAGAUUUUGAGGGAUGUGCGAGGGUUCAGAAAGGGAGAUGUUCCAGAUGAGGGAGUGA